AUGCGCCCACCGGCCCCGUCGCUCGAUGUUAUUGCCGCGCAAUCGAAUGCCGCUGCCGCCGCUGCUGCCAUAGCCGCCGCGGGUUCAGGACCUCCCACCGUUGCCAUGACGGAACCCGAGUCUCGCGACUCGCGAUCUUCGUCGUCGACCAACUCGCCUGCCCCCGCUGACAACGAGGAAUCCGACUUCUACCCCCUGGCCAACGAUUCAGAGUCGUCGCUGGGCGUCGUGCCCAAUCUGCAAGACAUGCAGGUUAAUGAUCCGGAAUGUCUGCCGAUUGCUGCGACCCUGCCCAGCGAGAUCCUCAUCAGCAUCUUCGCUCGUCUCAGCUCCCCCGACGAGAUGUUCCGGUGCAUGCUCGUUUCGAAACGCUGGGCUAGGAACGUCGUCGAGAUGCUCUGGCAUCGGCCUACCUGCACCACGUGGGAGAAGCACACCAAGAUCUGCCAGACCCUGGGCAUGGAGAACCCGACGUUUGCCUACACCGAGUUCAUCAAACGACUGAAUCUCGCCGCGCUGGCUAACGGUGUCAACGAUGGGAGCGUCAUGCCGUUGGCUGUCUGUACUCGCGUCGAGCGUCUCACCUUGACUAACUGCAAAGAGCUCACCGACAGCGGACUCAUAGCCCUGGUUCGCAACAGCCAGAACCUCCUCGCCCUCGACAUCUCCCAAGACAUCAAGAUCACCGAGCAUUCCAUUAUCGCCAUUGCCGAGAACUGUCGCAGGCUGCAAGGCUUGAACGUGUCUGGAUGCAAGCAUAUUUCCAACGACAGCAUGGUUAUACUCGCCGAGAGCUGCAAGUACAUCAAGCGGCUCAAGUUGAACGAUUGCGACCAGUUGAGCGACAAUGCGGUUGUUGCCUUUGCUAACAACUGCCCCAACAUCCUCGAGAUCGACCUCCACUCGUGCCACAAUGUAGGCAACGAGCCCGUAACAUCUCUACUCGCCAAGGGGCAGUCCCUGCGUGAAUUGCGUCUGGCCAAUUGCGAUCUGAUCGACGACAGCGCGUUCUUGUCAUUGCCUGCUAAUAAAACCUACGAACACCUCCGGAUCCUGGACUUGACAUCCUGCGCUAGACUCACAGAUCGCGCCGUCGAGAAGAUUGUCGAGGUGGCACCACGUCUCCGAAAUCUGGUGCUGGCCAAGUGCGGCAACAUUACGGAUGCCGCUGUCUACUCCAUCUCCCGUCUGGGGAAGAAUCUUCAUUACGUCCACCUGGGCCACUGCAGGCACAUCACCGACGAUGCCGUCAAGCGUCUGGUCCAAUUAUGCAACCGCAUUCGCUACAUCGACCUCGGUUGUUGCUCUCACCUGACCGACGAGUCCGUCACUCGACUUGCGACUCUGCCCAAGUUAAAGCGCAUUGGGUUGGUCAAAUGUGCCCAAAUCACCGACGAAAGCAUACGUGCGCUUGCUCGAGCAAAUCGACGUAGCCGGCCCCGCCGCGAUGCUGCUGGGAACGUCGUCCACGACUACCACUCUAGCAGCCUGGAGCGUGUUCAUCUGAGCUACUGUACCAAUUUAACUCUAGAUAGCAUCAUCGAGCUCUUGAAUUGCUGCCCCAAACUCACCCAUCUUAGUCUCACGGGUGUGCCUGCCUUCCUACGAGACGACCUAGACGUUUUUUGUCGCGAGGCCCCUGCCGACUUUACCGAGCAUCAAAGACAGGUUUUCUGCGUCUUCUCGGGCACAGGCGUCGGUGGGCUCCGGCGAUACUUGAACACGGGUGCGCAGUUCCAGGAAUAUCAUGACCCAUCCCGUCCAAGAGUUGGCCAAAAUGUCAACGCGGUCGCGCAAAUCGCCGAUGUGGACGGUGUGGACGAAGGCGAUGUUGUCGAGGACGAUGAUAUGGGCGACGGUAGCGAAAUCGCCCUCGAUCAGGGCCAAGACGACCAGCCAACAGCCAUUCCUGUGCCGCCGCCAGUUCCGGUGCAUCCCGGCGGCGGCCUCUUCGGUCAUUUAGCCAACCCGCUUGCUGCUGUAGGUGGUGCCGGUGGUGCGGGAAUCGACGGGGGUAUUUCAGGCUCGCCGCCUACGGUAUCUCUUGAUAACUUUGUCGUGCCAAAUCCAAUGAUAGGGAACGGCCAAGCAAGUUUGGAGGAAAGCAUCGCUGUUCCGCCGGGGUCUUUGCAAGCCUCGAGACAACCGUCAAGACAUGGCACGCCGGUUCCCAGCACCGCCGGUGGCGGUCCCCUUGGAGCACCGAACGCAGCGCAAUCUGGCCCCAGCACCGCCUUUCUCGCGGGACCAGUGGGGGAUGCCGAUAAGCAGGUGGGCUAG